AUGUCGUCUUACGAUGGGCGGGAGCGCUCAGAUGCGCCACGAUACCUCGAGCCUCCUGUCGUAACUGCUCUCCGGGAGGAGGCUCGAAAUGUUGCUGCUCCCGUCCCAAUGGAACGAUCUCUCAGCCAGGAUAUCAGGGAGGAACGCGAGGAUUUGAAAGAAGCUGCUGAACACACACUCAACGUGAUCGUGGAUUUGGAUUUGGAUGGCCGCAUAAAAUGGGUCAGCCCCUCAUGGACUGAGGUUAUCGGGACGGCUGCCCAGGAUAUCGAAGGUCAGCUAAUCCACGACAUUGCUUUGGACAACAAAGAUAUCUUUAAGGAGGCUGUGCAGUCCAUGAAGGAAGAUGACUCCAAAAGUAAGAUCGUACGAUUUGAUGUUCGCCUGGGCCCUUUGUCGGUUUUCUGGCAAGAUACUAGGCUGCCGACCGAAGAGGAGGAAACUCCCGCCUCAGAUACAGAGAAGACGUUACUGGCACAGGAGACUGCCGAACAGGAAGAUGGUAAUAUACUGAGCUUGGAAGGCCAAGGAAUCAUGGUCUAUGAUAGAACUUCUGGCGGAGGAAGCCAUACUAUGUGGAUGCUUCGGCCAUCUACUGAGCCUCGGGAAGUGACAAUCGGCCUGCCUCCACUCCUCGUCGAAUCACUGGGUGUCGGAGCCGAAGUUCUAGCCAACUAUCUUAACGUUCUAGCGGAAGUAGGGAUCAGUGAUCCUGCUCACCACCCACCCCCGAUGCCUGUACUCUGCCGGAUAUGCGAGAGGCAAAUCACGCCCUGGUGGUUUGAGAAACACUCAGAACUCUGUUUGCAGGAACACAGAGCCGAAAUGGACGUUCAAAUGGCGCAGGAAAAUUUAAACGAACACCGCCAUCGGAUUGUCAAGGUCCUUGAUGCCCUCGAAGCUCGAAAGAGCAGAGAUAGCAGUCCGCUCGUUGGCCCGCAGGCAGAGUAUAAGGGACUGCAGAUCGGUCCCUCUCCGACUUCCACAUCUGGUCUGGUAUCAGGCUCGUCUUCUUCCUCUGGCACCCCUCCUCGCUCUCGCGAUCCGUCUACCUCCGGAUUAGGGCACUCUCGUGGACGUUCCUUUGCCGUGAGACGUCCCUUGGCCCGUAUUGUGGAACUAAUCUUAGACCUCUGUGACACCGCACUAGAAAUCAGCACACCGGCCCUCAAGGAAUCACGAACAGAUAUCGGAGAUGAAGUUAGGACACAGUCCCCCCAGUCGGAGUCACGGAUAUCUCAGGUCCUUCAAUGGCAGUCACCCAGCAAUCACACUCUAGAGCAGGAGAAAGGCCUGGCAGCCUUAUCUGCUGAUACCGAAGAGGUUGCGCGUGCAAAGGUGGAUGCCGUAUUCAGACACCGGCGUAUCGUUGAAUACGCUGAGCGUAUUCGAAUCGAGUUCACCGUCAUAGUAGAAGAGUGCAUUGCCGCUUCUAUGGCCAAGGCUGAGCGUAUAGCUACAGGCAACCUCGAAAGCUCAAGCUCAUCCUCUGACAUGGAAACUGCAACGGAAGACCAGGAAGCUGGUAAUUCCCCCCAGGUUACUCCCCUGGAGCGAACCCCUUCUAUGUCAGCAAUGUCUGUUGGGAGCACUUCUCGCUCUUUAUCAGGCGAUCGGGGCCUUCGACGUGCCCUCGAGCGAACACCAACGACUCCAAUCCCGAUCUCCACGCGUUCCAGCAGCCCGAUGGAAUGCCCAACACCACGUUCCCUCAAGAGCUUGGGCAGCUUCGUCAACCCGCCACUCUCCAAACGCGGAUCUCUGCUUGCUGAGAGAGAAAGUGACGCGGCCGAUAGCGACAGCAGCAUUCUCUCAUCUGUCUUGUCUGAGCGUAGAACCCAGUCUCCGCUUUCCGAACGCGGGCCGAGCCGAGCGGCGAGCACAAAGGACAAAAAUCGUCGCAGCCUUAUAUUGCCUGGCGUUGCAUCUCCUCGUAGGCAAUCCCCUGCUCGCAACAACCCCCCGCACUCCCCAUUAAGGUUAUCAAGACCACGGUUCCCUGUCGGAAGCGAGAACUUACCGUCACCGUCUACAUCUCCGCAUCUGACAUCAACUGAAUUGGCAGCUCAUGGCCAUGCCCAAUUCUAUCCCCCUCCUCAACAUCGUCAUCACCAUAGGCGCCAGUCGUCAGCCACCUCACCUGAUAUUGGGAAAGCUCCAAUAUCACCACACCUAACGUCUGCCAGUCACCCCCCUCCCCCUGCUGUGGCUCCAUCUAUCAAAGACUUUGAGAUCAUUAAGCCAAUUAGCAAAGGGGCGUUCGGAAGUGUGUAUCUGUCCAAGAAGAAGUCUACCGCAGAAUACUUUGCCAUCAAAGUACUGAAGAAAGCUGACAUGGUAGCCAAGAAUCAGGUUACAAAUGUCAAAGCAGAGCGAGCAAUCAUGAUGUGGCAAGGGGAAAGCGACUUCGUUGCAAAACUUUAUUGGACGUUUUCUAGCAAGGACUAUCUUUACCUUGUUAUGGAAUACUUGAACGGAGGUGACUGUGCUUCAUUGGUCAAAGUGCUCGGCGGCCUUUCUGAAGACUGGGCCAAAAAAUACAUCGCAGAAGUUGUCUUGGGUGUAGAACAUCUUCACAGCCGGGGUAUUGUUCACCGUGACCUCAAACCGGAUAACCUCCUCAUAGACCAGAGGGGCCACUUGAAACUCACCGAUUUUGGUCUUUCGCGAAUGGGACUCGUUGGUCGACAGAAGCGUAUCCAGAAGAGUCCCAACGAUUCAGCACCAGACUUGCUGAAACAUGGCCCAUUCAUCCGGCCUGAUGUUUCCAUCACAUCCUCCCGAUCAGCUUCAUUUGAUUUCCAUGCCACGGACUCCCCCCACCAGACUCCAUUGAUUGCUCCGGAACCUGUGUUGACCCAGCCGUCAUACUUUAGCUUGAGCAAGGAACCAUCUUUAAGCCGUGAACGCUCAAGAAGGGCUUCUGGCUAUCGCAGUGAUAGUGGAAGCAGUGACACACUCAGCCAAAUGAUGAGAAAUUGCGCGGUUAGUGAUACCACCGGAUCUAACCCCUUGACACCAUCGGUCCACCCACCCCUGCAACAAUCGAAGCCCACAAUAGAUGAAGAGAUCCUCAGUGAGGGAAGCGACUCCCCUCAUCUAUUUCCUGCACAUGCUAUGUCCAGCUACACUACACCUUCAAUCCCAUUACAGUUUGAAGCCUCCCAACAGCAAAUGGUACCUCCUCCUAUGGCCUUAUUUGAUCCACAAGAUCACAAUAGAUGUUUCGUGGGUACUCCCGACUACCUCGCUCCGGAGACUAUCAACGGUAUCGGCCAAGACGAAAUGAGUGAUUGGUGGUCUCUAGGUUGCAUACUCUUCGAGUUUCUCUACGGAUACCCACCGUUCAACGCUUCCACCCCCGAUGAAGUUUUUGAGAACAUUCUGCAUCGAAGAAUUAAUUGGCCUGAGGAGGCUGAUGAGCUAGUCUCGCACGAAGCUAAGGACAUUAUGGAAAAACUAAUUACUAUAAACCCUCAUGAGCGCCUGGGUUCCAAUAUCAACGAGAAAUAUGCCAGCGGUGGUGCGGAGGUCCGUGCACACCCAUGGUUCUCUGAUAUCAAUUGGGAUACGCUGUUAGAGGACGAAGCCCAGUUUGUUCCAGCGCCAGAGAAUCCGGAGGAUACUGAAUACUUCGAUUCGCGUGGAGCCACCCUCCAGUCCUUCAACGAGGAGUUCGAGGGCCAGCUGUCCUCCCCUAGUUCCAGUGGAGAUUACCCUGACCGGCCUCAUGAUGCGCUUUAUAAGGUUAAGACGCAGGUUAAUUCUUUGAAACGCGGCCUAAUGCCUCUGCACAUUCCGCCUCAUGUGCGAGAUACUCGAAGCCGCCGACUCAGCGAACCUGCGUUGGCAGACGACUUUGGAAGCUUUAACUUCAAGAAUCUUCCGAUCCUUGAGAAGGCAAACAAAGACGUUAUCCAGAAACUGCGACACGAUGCGAUGCAAGCUCAGCAGCGCGCUGUUCCAAACAAUAGCCCUGCUACUCCGUCUGGCCCGUCUCUUGAAGGCAGCCCUCUCCUACCCAUGCCGUUGAAGAGAACGAUGUCUCAGAACAAGGCCAGCAAUCGACCUGCAUCCCCGUCAAGCUCAAGCCUUCCUAACUCAUCUUCUCCAAGCCGGCCUUCUCAGCCUGGAUCACCGCUUCUCGUACAAUUUAGCACUUCUAGUCACCAUGAGCGGCGCAAAACAUCAGGCUCAUCAACAUUCUCGCCACCCUCGGUUGGCUCCGCGCCUACAAGCAGUGGUUUUGAACCUCCACGUCUUUCUACUAAUCUAAAGAUCUCAACAUCCACCGCAUCGUCACCGAUCAAGAGUAUGAAGACCUCAAUUUCAUCCGACACCCCGUCUCUACAUCGCCAAAGCAGUGUACCGUCCUGUCGGUCGAGGUCACAUACAAUCGGCUCUCAAGAUAGUGACCUAACCUCAGGAAAGGAACCGUUUGUUCCAGGCCAUUGCAAGCGUAAGAGCCAACUUUGGGACAUUUCUCCAUCUUCCUCGGAUAAUGAAGAUCCUCGUGCCAAAGCAUUGUUAAAAGUCCAAAGACGAAGACAAAGCUCGCGGCGACUAUCUCAAAUCAAUUUAGUGGAAGGUCCUUUCUUCCGACCACUCGAUAUCUUGAUUUGCGAGGACCAUCCUGUUUCUAGGCUUGUUAUGGAGACGCUCUUCGAAAAACUGCGGUGCCGGACUAUUACUGCAAUCAAUGGUUCAGAAGCUAUGAGAUAUGCGUUGAGCGAGGUGCAAUUUGAUAUCAUCAUGACAGAGUUCAAAUUGCCUCAAAUCAAUGGAGCUGAUGUUGCGCGUAUGAUCCGUGAGACCCGAAGUGUUAAUACGCACACUCCGAUAAUUGCAGUGACGGGAUAUCUGAAAGAUCUUCCGGAAACUCACCACUUCGACUCUCUAAUUGAGAAACCUCCAACGCUGCAGAAGCUGACGGAGAUUCUCUGCAAGUUCUGUCAAUGGAAGCCCCCGCCAAAAGACGAAGCUCCUAUGAUGCCAAAUCCACAGUCCUAUUCGGCAUUGCGACAGAAAUCUGGCGUACUUGACAGUCCUAGCUCUGCAUCUUCUGGGUUCGUUACGAUACCCACGGGCUCAUACAGAGGUUCUAGCCGAGAAGACUCAAUCGACAGUAACAGCUUGGUUGGAGAAUUGGAGUCGACGAGAUCUGAUGAUAUCCCGGUCAUUGUCAAUCAUCGAUCCACUGAAGGUUGGGACCGGAGUCGAACUGGAGGAUUAGGUAUCACUGAAGAUAGCUCUACUGCUUUCUCAAGGCCCAUUGUUGCUGAAUACCCAUUGUCUACUACUCCACCCAACCUUAUGCACGCAACCUCAGCGCCGGCUGCCUUUUCAAUGCCGGGAACCGCCACUCCGCGAAAGCACAGCUCUACGGAAGGCAUCCGAGCUAAGCGGGAAUCGCUGGAAAAGAAACGGUACGAGGGUGCUGAAUCUGGAGAUGACGAGGAUGAGGAACUUGGCAAUACCCAAGUGCGUAAAAGCCCUCAAUUUACUCCGGGGAGGACUCGUCGCUCUGGCUCAAAGCUCGGCACUGAAAUGAUGAGGACGAACAGCCGUGGGAGCGUUGUGAGCGUGAACGAGGACUAUAUGAAAGAGCGAGAGGUGGAAUCCGAUACACAGACCGCUUCCUCGGACGCGGCUUCCACUGUUGUUCUCCCGGCCUCUAUCGAAGGCACUAUCGAACGCUUGCAUAUAAAUGAAGAGGCCUUAGGUGUUCUUCCUGAGGACCCUGAAAAAGAGGAAGCCUCGUCUAGCAGUUCUCCACUACACAAACCUAUCAUUGGAGGACUCAGCCAACGACUCUCUAAAGAGCGGCCGACUUUCAAAUUGCAAUCAGCAUCGCUUUCUCCUUCCACACACCCCACAGCAAGAGAAGCCGGUAGAAUAACUCCACCCCUGAUUUCACCAGGUACCCGGACAACUACACCGGGGCAUCAAAAUGUCGGCUUGAGUGGGGGGAAUGAUACAGAGGACAACCAUGACAUCACCCCAAAACCGCAGAUCAGCGCUAGCUAUCUUGGUGACGAGGGGACCGAAAUUACCCGUGAAGAGCCAACACCACGGGCAUCAGAUCAAACUAAAUUACAUACCAGGGACCGCGUCCUAGGCUGGAUGAGACGGUAG